AUGAAUUCCCAACUAUUUCUUCUCCUCCUACUCGGGAUUAAUGUAGUUUCAGCAUAUUACGGUAGUGGACGAUACUCAUCGGAGUACGGUGGCCGUGGCCGUGGCCGAGGUCCCCGUCGACCACCACGCCCUCAACCACCCCGACCACGCCCACCACGCCCAUCCAACUGCCCAUCCGAUUGGAUGACAUUCAAUCGACCACAAGGACCGUGGUGCGUGAAGGUGUUCCCUGGAGCUGGCACAAGUUACACUGCCCAAUCAAUGUGUCAAACGCAAGGUGCCGUACUGACAGGCGUACAGGAUGCGAAUGAGAGGAUACAGUUGGCUAAUGCCGCCCGUAUUGUGAACAAUGCCAACAAUGGUGGUGGAUAUCUAUGGAUUGAUGGGAAACGUCGUGCCCAGUGUCCAAAUAAACCGUCUUGUGCUGCAAUUAACACUUUCGAAUGGACAGAUGGACACACCACUGGAACUGCCGGAUUCUUUUGGCCUGGCGCUGAGCCCAACGCAUUUGUACAUGGACCGUGGGGAGUCCAAUCUUGCAUUGUAAUGCAUAUUUCGGUGGCUGAUGGACAGGCGGCUAGUUGGGGGUACCCGCAUGGGUCGAUGGAUGAUGAAUAUUGUCAACAGACAUGGAGAAUGUAUGCGUGUGGGAAGAGACCGAGUUAA